AUGCAUGAACGAGCUCUUUCAGCUAGGUUGAAUACAUGUGCUGACUGUAGGUUCAUGUCAACUGCUUCCAAAAUCACUCUAGGAGUUUCGUGUCUCUUUACAUUGUCGACAUUUGCAGGUGUACAUAUUUCUCAAGCUCUUGAACGUGAAAAGCUUGGUGAGAACGUGCGCCGUGAAAUAGAACGUGAAAUCCAAGAAGAAAAAAAUCUACCAGUGAUGAACAACUCGAUGGCUCUAAGUGAUACAAGACUAGUAUCUGAUGAACAUUGUCUUUCUGUCAGCGUUUCAUUCGACAAUCCAAGCUUCGCAGAAGUUGCCAUGCGCUCACUUUCCGUGGAUCCUUCUCCUCCACGAUCUACAGUUAAAGAACAAUUAAAUCAAAAGGGACGAACAGAUUUUUAUUAUGGAGCUACUGAAAAAGAUGCGAAGCGUUUAGUUCUUGAGAAUUUUGCAAAACACCGGGAUGCUGCCUUAGCACGUCGUGAAGAAGAAAAGAAAGAAUUACAUGAACGAGAUGAACGCGAACGUAAACGAAGAGAAGAAAAAAAGAAAGAAGCCAUUAAGGCGAAUCUUGCCCCUCCAAAGGAGUUAAGCAAAACUGAUAAUUUAAACGGUACAAGUGAGGAGCCGUCAGACAUGUCCACACUACCACAAACAGAAGCAAAGCCAUCACUUGAGAAAAGUGAUCUGCCUAAACCAAUCAAAGUUGGUUCGUCUCCUGAUGAUGAAGAAGAUGAGGAGGACAAGGGAAAAUUGAAACCGAAUGAAGGAAAUGGUGCAGAUCUGCCAAAUUAUAGCUGGACUCAAACAUUGAGCGAUGUUGAUAUUAAGAUUCCAACACGUUUACCACAUUCCAUCAAAUCUCGCGAUGUCUAUGUUGAAUUUACCAGAAAGCACAUCAAAAUUGGUUUAAAGAAUCAGGAGCCCAUUUUAGCUGGGAAUUUGUAUAAUGAAAUUAAGGUUGAAGAAUGUGUAUGGAGUCUCCUGGAUGGGAUCACUAUACUCGUCCACCUAGAGAAAUCUAACAAAAUGGAAUGGUGGAGUCGUAUCUGUGAUGGUGAACCAGAAAUGAAUACACGUAAAGUUCAACCGGAAAAUUCCAAACUCUCUGAUUUAGACGGUGAGACUCGAUCUAUGGUUGAGAAAAUGAUGUAUGAUCAACGUCAAAAAGAGCUUGGUCUGCCAACAUCCGAAGAUCAGAAAAAACAAGAAAUGUUGAAAAAGUUUAUGGCUGCUCAUCCUGAAAUGGAUUUUUCUAAAUGUAAAUUUUCUUAA